AUUCAAUUCAACGACGCCAUCUUUGCGAAAGAAAAAGAAAAGAAAAAAUUAUUAUUAAUUAAAUCUCAAAUUCUGGUCAUAAGAUGGAAUUGUGAUCAAUUAAAGAUCGUAAAUGGAUUGAAAUGAACGUCUUAUAGUAUAUUUCUAGUAUCUCUGUUUAACCUUUUUAACAAGAUCUGUUCGGACCUAUCUUCAUCUCUUUUAUUUGGUUAUUUUAACAAUGGAUCCUGAUUAUGAAAAAAGACUUUUAAGACAACAGAAUGGACAACUUUCACCGAUUCCAUCACCUUUUGGCUCACCUAUUAGCACAAGUCCGGCAGCAUCACCAAGUAAAGACAAAUAUGGAGAUCGUUUUAUUCCUAGUAGAGCAGGUGCAUGUUGGCACAUAAACUUUAACAUGAUUCCGGAUGGUAAAACCCCUUCACCAAGCACACCCAGAAAACCUAAAGAACCACAGAAUGACAACAACAAAGAUGGCCUAGCUUACUCCUGUUUACUGAAAAAUGAAUUACUAUUAGCUGGUAUUGAUGAUCUUAAGGAUCAGCAAGACGAAAGAAAAGUUUUAGUUCCCAAAGAAAGUAAAAAUUUAUUUAGGUACCACGUUCCUAGACACAGUUCAGAAGGUGGUGAUUCUUCUCCUUACUCUCUCUCACCUGUUGGUAGUAAAAGUCAAAAAUUAUUACGUUCUCCACGCAAGGCAGUAAGAAAAAUAUCCAAAAUACCAUUCAAAGUGCUGGAUGCUCCCGAAUUACAGGAUGAUUUUUAUCUAAAUUUAGUAGAUUGGUCAUCACAGAAUGUAUUAAGUGUAGGUCUAGGUACAUCAGUAUAUCUAUGGUCAGCGUGUACAAGUCAGGUUACGAGAUUAUGUGAUUUAAUGACAGAUGGUGAUACAGUCACUUCAGUUUCCUGGUCAGACAGGGGGAAUCUUGUUGCUGUAGGAACUAAUAAGGGUCAUGUGCAAAUAUGGGAUGUUGCCAUGACAAAGAAAAUUAAUACUUUAGAAGGUCACAGUGCUCGUGUAGGUGCACUAGCAUGGAAUGGUGAUAUGUUAUCUUCAGGGAGUAGAGAUAGAUUAAUAUUACAAAGAGAUAUACGAACACCAAUGAUAGCACCAGAACGAAGAUUAACCGGUCAUAGACAAGAGGUUUGUGGUUUAAAGUGGUCACCAGAUCAUCAACAUUUAGCAUCUGGUGGUAAUGAUAAUAAACUUUAUGUGUGGAAUAUGACUAGUGUUACACCAGUACAGACAUACACAGAACAUCUAGCAGCAGUUAAAGCCAUAGCGUGGUCACCUCAUCAACACGGUUUAUUAGCUAGUGGUGGUGGUACAGCUGAUAGAUGUAUUAGAUUCUGGAAUACUUUGACGGGUCAACCAUUACAAUGUGUAGAUACAGGUUCACAAGUGUGUAAUUUAGCGUGGUCUAAACAUUCAAAUGAAGUGGUUAGCACCCAUGGUUAUUCACAAAAUCAAAUACUGGUAUGGAAAUAUCCAUCUUUAGUGCAAAUAUCGAAAUUAACUGGUCAUACUUACAGAGUUUUAUAUUUAGCAAUGUCACCCGAUGGAGAAGCUAUUGUAACGGGUGCAGGAGAUGAAACUCUACGGUUCUGGAAUGUAUUUAGUAAAACUAGAUCCACAAAGGAAUCGAAGUCUGUCCUUAAUUUAUUUACUCGUAUACGAUAGGAAGAAUAUUUGUUAUGUUAAUAAGUGUCUAACAACUAUUAUUCAUAAUUUAAUAAUCCAGCCCUACGUAACUUUGUCAUACUUUCCACUUUCAACUCUGUGUUUGUCCUGUGGCUGUUAUAUAGACUUUUAGUUAAUAUAUUUAUUGUACCUUUUGUUGGCUUAAAUAUUGUUGUUAUAUCAUCAGCAUUUUGUUUAUAGUUUGUAGUCGUGGUAACACUAUCAAGGAAUAGGGUUCAAGGUAGUUUAUUGUAUAGCAUAGUAAAUUAGAUAUACAUCCUAAUAUAUUUGACCAUCAUGUUGCUAUAUCCAUAGUAAGUUCAUACAAAAUCUUUCUGAACACUUAAUCUGAUAGCUCAGUUCGUAUUUGGGACAGAUUUCAUUUGGUGAUCUUUACAUUAGCUCAGGCCUAAUAGAGAGCAAGUAAGCCUUUCAGUGAGCAUCUGAAUAAUCUAUCGGAUGCUACUUUUAUUGUUAAUGCUAAGUUCCCCACUGUCCUGCGAUGCGUUACGAUAGGAUUGUCCCUAAUGAAUCCACAGUCUGGUAUGUGCAGAUACGUUUCGAUAGGAUCAAAAUGGUUGCUACAACUGACCUCAAUACAUGAUAAGACCUGAUAGGAUCACCACGAUUACUCCAGGAUUUCAAUCGUAGCGCGAAUUGUGAUAGUGGGAACCUGGCAUAAGCAAGCCUGGACAUAAGGCACCUGUCAAAUACAAAUUAUCACACAACAUAUUUAUAUACAAGCCUGGACAUAAGGCACCUGUUACAGAUGUCGGGCACAAAUUAUCACACAACCACAACGUUUAUAUUACAUUAAAAGCAUUGUGUGAUUAUUUGUGUCGGACAUAGCAAGAUAAAGAGUAUUUUAACUACCAAUAUUACAGAUUAGAUCAUGUGUAGUAUUGGAUACUAUUAUUGGUAGUGAUAUAUUUAAUUAAAUACAAGAAUUAUUUGAUGAUAACCUAUGAUAGAUGUGUACUGGAGUGUAAUUAUGAAUGAAUGAAUGAAAGUGACUAAAUUCUAUAUGUCAUAUAGUGAAAAUAAUUACAAUAUCUGUUGUAAACUUUGUAUAGUUUUCUUUUGGGAGUCAUUAAUGAUAACUAUUAUUGAUGGUAAAUAUGCUGUUUAAAAUAUAACAUUAGCAGUCAUCAAGAAUAACUUCCUAAGAAACUCUGCAGUACUCUGUAAUAGAUCUCUUUAAAAUAUACUCUAGUAUUUGAAAAACAAUACUAACUUGAAAUAAUAACAGUGGGCCUACAGUUCAUUUGAAUAGAUUAUCCCUAUUUGACAUGACGUAAGCUUAUGAUGUGCGAUAUUACAUUUUAAUAUUGAGCCUUGUCAUAAUGUCCUUUUUCAUUGUAUCUAACUGUUUUUGUAACUUCAAAACAAAAUGUUCCUUCUUUUUUAAUAUGAGAGCUACAGGUGUUUAGUUUCUCUUUUUAUAAUGAAAUAUAUUUUAGAUGGCAACCAUUCUAGUUACCGUUUUUGAAUGGUUAAAGCUGGUCUUUUUUUUUUCUACAACAUUAUAAUUACAAAUUUAUAAAACUCAUUUCAACUUUUCUUUGCUUAAUAUUGUAUAUUAGGCAUUUAUCAUAAUAUCUUGAUGUGAGAAUGACACAUUUAGAGAAACCUUAAUGCCAAUUACAAUCCAUGGUUUUCUCUUUCAAUUGUUGAAUCUUGAAGCUGUAUUUGGAAAUCAAUGUUUCUUUCAAUGUCUUGAGAUAGAUAUACUAAAUGGUUAAUGGGCCUUUUCUUCUACUGUUUUAAAUUCCUAAUAAUAAAACUUUAAAGCUUUUUCACAGCUAAUAUUUCUAAUAUUAAUAAACAAAAUAUGGGUGGAACCACUUGUAAAAGAACUUCAACCAUCUUAGCCAGGGUUAUAAAGUAUUAAGUAUAAACAAAUGACAGGGAAUAACCCAUGGAAAAUGAUGUAUUUUUUUUUAACUGAGGAGUUUGCUACUUUCCGUAAGAAAAGCUCCAAUUACGUAUCAUCUUCAUAAGUUGUUUCUUUUAUGGAUUAUCAGAAGUAUGGCCAUAUUCAUUAGCUCUGUCGACUUUUGAAACUUUCUAAGAAUUCACAAAUUUGCAAUUUUACUUAUGAGGCAAUUUUAAAAAACUAAUAAUUACCUUUGAUACUCAUAUAAAUGAAUGAAAAUACAUACCUGCAGCUGCAGCAUAUUGAUGAAAAAAUGCUAGUGGAUCAGCUGACAAGCUAUUUUAGAUGAACAUACUAUUGAAUAUUACCAAUAUUUUCAUAUUUUGCUAUAAGGAGUAAGUAAGGAAAUAUUUUAUUGGCUUUGAACUUAAUAUGGUUGAGGUUCUUUUAAGUACAGGUAUAUAAAGGUUGUAUAAUGGAAUCUCUGUAAAUGACAAAUUUUAUGAAAGAUUUUAAAACUGAUGAGUUUUAUUCAGUAUGCGUGAUAUGAAGGUUUUUAUGUGAAAUUUACUGUUGGGAACAGUGAUAUUUGUGACAUGAUCAGAAUAAAAAUUAUGAAAAAUUA